AUAAAACCAUGAACAUAAAUUCAAAUGAAAUUCUCUCCAGAGCUUUGACUCUCUCUACAAUUAUUUUGCAAAACCCAAUUGCUAGACAACGAGUUUUGCCAGUUAAUCUAAAUCUUAAUGAUUUAGAACAAUAUAUUAGUUCAAUUACUUCACAUAAUAGAAAUUUAUUGAAGGAUCCGCGAAGAAUAAUGGGUUUUCAUUUAUGCAAAGCGAAUGUGAAAAAAGAGGGCGAACGACAGGGAGAAGAGCAUCCACGAGUUUUGGAAAUUGCUGCAAGGAUGGUAUGGAUGAGGUGCAAUUUUGGUGAAAGAAAUGUUCAUUCCUUGGGCAAAAAUAUAGUUAGGGAGAGACUUCGAAUGGUGGGAUAA